CCUCGGCACUGUGGGUGUGUGUAUGGUGAGGCAGGCAUGAUGGACACAGUUUCCUAAGAUGACAACGGCAACACGACAAGAAAUUCUUGGCCUGUACCGCAAGAUUUUCAGGCUUGCAAGGAGGUGGCAUGAAGCAUCAGGGCAGACGGAAGACACCAUCAGAGAAAAGCAGUAUAUUAUAAAUAAAGCCAGAAUGUUGUUCCAGAAAAACAAAAAUCUUACAGAUUCAGAACUGAUUAAACAAUGUAUAGAUGAAUGCACAGUGAGAAUUGAAAUAGGAUUGCUUUAUCAGAUCCCAUAUCCAAGGCCGAUUCACCUGCCUCCAACUGCCCUCUCUCCCCUUCAAAGUUGUGAAUUUCAAAACCAGGAGAAGCUAAGGAAACUUUCCAGACCAUUAUAUUUCAAGUCUCAUGUUGAAAUUUUGUAA